AGAGUCAGCUGACUGAGGGGACGACCCCCUCCGGAGCCCAACAUGGCCGCCUACCCCAACAACUACAACCCCUUCGCCGAGGUGGAGGAGGAGGCGGCGGCUGAGAGCGCGGCCUGGCGGCGGGGAGAGCCUGGGGACGGGGUGGAGGAGGAGCCGGAGCCUGGCGCCCCGGGCCGGCAGCGCUACCUGCAGCAGGAGGUGCUGAGGCGGGCGGAGCGCACGGUGCAGAGCAGCGACAGGAGCGUCGCCUUGAUAUACGAGUCCGAGAAAGUCGGCACCGAGACCGCGGAGGAACUAAUGCGACAAGGGGAAGCACUGAAGCGAACAGAGACGAUGAUUGAUAGAAUGGACAAUCAGCUGAAAACCAGCCAAAAGCACAUCAACAGUAUCAAGAGCAUCUUCGGGGGCAUUAAAAACUACUUCCAGUUCAAGAAGGAGGAGCCCACGCCAUCUCCUACCCCGGAUUAUAAACCCAAUAGCAAGUUGUCACAAGCUUUGGACGUAAGCAAAGAGCAGGAAGCAAACUACCAGGCUAGGCACCCCAACCUGCAGAAUCUAGACACUUCAGGCUUUGGAGCGAGUAGCAGUGCCUCCCCUGCAGAUACCAACACGUACCCUAAGAACCAGCACCUCCGCACUUACCACAAGAAAAUAGAUGAAAAUCUAGAUGAGAUGUCCUCUGGUCUGGGCCGAUUGAAAGGCCUGGCCUUGGGCCUGCAGUCGGAGAUCGAGGAACAAGAUGAGACAAUUAACCAUUUAACCUCCAACACAGACAACAUGAGCUCAAAGAUCACAGCCACCGAUAGGAUGAUCCGGAAACUAUAAAAAGUGCCACGCCUUAACAAUAAAGGGACUUCUUCCUGUGAUAAUCUACCUUCGUCUCAGAAGUUAAAGUUUCUCAGCGGAAGUCAACACGGGCAGGAUUCUCUCAAGCAAAUGCACACUCGCUGAAUCGUUCUCUUAACACAAAACCUUUUUCUGAAUGUGUUCCCUUACAUCUUUAGUGUGCCAGCUGCCUUGUAUUUCAUUCAGAUUUGUAUACAGUAAAACUCACACGUCUGAUAGGUAUAAAUCGUAUAAUUGCCUAAGUUGUAUAUCUGCUCAAGGGUUUAUAUUCUAUUCAACUUUGCAUAAGUCAUAUUAAAUGUAUUAUCCCAACUGAUGUGACUUAUGUGAGGUUUACUGUAACAUCAAAAUACUCCUUAAUGAAAAAGAAAAUUAAUAUAACACAGAGAGAAAAAGUUCCCUUUCUCAGUCUGAUUUAUGCCCUUUGAAAACAUGGGAAUAUAUCCCAUUUCUUUCCCAAGCAACACUGCAAGUAGAUUGAAAGGGACCCAAAAUAGACCAAUUUCUUAUGAAUGAUGUUGUAAUGUCAAACUCCAAUAAUAAUAUUCCUCAUUGGAGAGCAGAUGUGAAUGUGCUGAAAUGUAUUGAUGUCAGUAUAGACGUCUUAGCUUUGAGGUAUUGCCUGUUUUUGAUUCAGUGCAUCUAUUUUAGUGGCUGUCAUGCUGACCAGUCUGUCAUGUGAUCUAACUUGUGGGGCUUCAAUGUGUAAGAACCGAACAAAUGUGACUUGAUAGCUAGCUGUGUUUUUUUAAAUGGAAAUUAAUAUAUAAAUCCAGCACCAAUAAACACUGACUGCAGACGC